AUGUCAAGACCAACUAUCGCUGUCGUUCCAGGAGCCUGGAUCCCACAGCAUUUCUACUCCCCGUAUUUGCACACGCUAGAAAAGGCUGGAUUCGAGACUCGCUUCACCGGGUAUCCCUCUCUGGCCCCAACGGACCCUUCGAAAGCAGACUGCGCAACAGAUACGGUGGCCAUUCGCGACGUUCUGCAGCCUCUCGUGGAGGACGAGGGUAAAGAUGUAGUUCUUGUGAUGCAUUCUUAUGCGGGCAUGCCCGGCUCUGCCGCUGCAAAGGGGCUGUCGAAGACCGAACGAUCCCAGGCAGGGAAACUAGGAGGUAUUCUGGGCAUGAUCUUUAUCGCCGCUUUUCUCGUGCCCGAAGGGUUGAGCUGUGCAGGUGCCCAGGGUGGUAGCCUUCCCCCAUGGAUCUUGCUCGACAAUCCUUCGCCCGGACUUAACGUCCCCGACGACCCCAUCAAGAUAUUCGCCGCAGACUUCGAUCAAGGACUCGCCAAGAAGACAGAACAAGAACUGAAACCGCAUUCCUCGCUCGCGUUUAAUUCUCCUCAGCCUCCCCCGGCCUGGGCAGAUCCCGCAUUCAAAGGUCGACUCGCCUAUAUCAUAACUGGUAAUGACCUUGCGGUCCCGAAGGCGGCCCAGUAUGGAAUGAUAGCAGGCACCGGUCAAGAGUGGCUGACCAAGGAGGUCCCCACGAGUCACUGUGCACCUUUCAAGCUCGACGUAGAGCUGAACGUGAAAAAUUUGGAAGGAUUCAUUGAGGCCUUCAAACGCGCCUAA